AUGGAGAAGCCAACCGUCCCUGGGCAUGAGCAUAUUGAGAGUGGCAGCCUCGAAUUGAAGACACCUCUAGAUACCAAUGCCAGCUCCAGCGAGUCCAUGUAUAACGGUGAACUUGAGAAACGCAACAAACAACUCAAUCGACGGCUCGACCUCCGCAUCCUGCCGCUAUGCUGCUGGGUGUAUCUUCUCAACUUCCUUGAUCGAGGCAACAUCGGCAAUUCGAAAGUGCUCAACGAAGAAACGGGCGAUGACCUUCUUCAGAGAACACACAUGACUGCCGACGGAUAUGCACUCACGGUGACACUGUUUUCGCUGGCAUACGCCCUUUUCGAAGUGCCCUCGAACUGGGUCAUGAAACACUAUAUACGUCCAUCUCUGUGGCUUGGGAUCCUUCUCUUCUGCUGGGGCGCUCUCACCGUUGGAUUUGCCGGCGUUCAGAAUUACGCCACCGUCGUUGCCUUACGAUUUCUCAUUGGAGCAUUUGAGGCGGGCUUUUUCCCUGGCAUCGUUUACUUUAUCACGAUCUGGUACCGGUACAAUGAGCGCGCAGUCCGAAUUGCUUGCGUCGUUGCCUUUUGUAAUCUCGCCGGUGCCUUUGGUGGCGCUAUUGCCUACGGCGUCGGCCACAUCAACGGAACAGCCGGGUUAGAAGGGUUUCGCUGGCUCUUCAUCAUCGAAGGCAUCAUCACGGUUCUCAGCUCCCUGCUUCUUUUCGUCUGUCUGCCGGACUAUCCGGCGCGGGCCCAAUGGCUGAGUGACGACGACAAGCAGUUCGCCGUGUAUCGACUGAGGGAACGAGGAGGCGGCUACAAUCAAGACCAUGCGAGUCGUCAAGAGGUCCUACAGACCUUCUUCUCCCCGCGAAUGCUGGCCCAUUACAUCGCCUACAUCGCCGACGUUGUCCCUCAAGGCUCAUUCACCUUUUUCACGCCCACCAUCGUCACUGGUCUCGGAUACAAGUCGAUCCACGCGCAGCUCCUGACCGUGCCACCCUGGGUCAUUGGCUUUUUUGUGGCCAUCACCCUCUCAUACUCCGCCGAUCAUUUCAACGCCCGUGGCUUGCAUAUCACAGUGGCGUCCGUCGUCGGUGGUGUCGGCUGGUUAAGUGCAGGACUCCUCCCUCAUGACGCCUACGUGAAGCGGUACGGCUGUCUGUGUCUUGCGGCUUGCGGCGCCUUUCCCUGUGCUCCCUCCAUGACCAACUGGGUAACUUGCAACACGCCUAGCUUCCUUACCAUCCCAUUUGCGAUCGCUCUGCACAACUCCAGUGCUGGUAUUGGGCAGAUCAUUGCACAGUGGAUCUGGAAGGCUGAUGAGGCUGAAAACGGCUAUCCAACAGGCAACUUUACAUGCGCGGCUUGCAGCUUUUUUGUAGCUGCUGUGGCCGCAAGUUUGAGACUGUGGUAUGGAAGGAUGAAUCGGAUUGGUGCACUAGAUGCAAGAGGAGAGAAGAGGACAUGGUCUUACUAG